AUGGUAUCAGAGCCAUCUCAGGCUGCUGCUGGCGUGAUCACUGAUUUCUCUCAUCUUUCUUGCUGCGUGGAGGAGGACCUGAUCUCGCCAAUGUGGUCCUUUAUGUUGUCAGUCAAAGGACAACUAAAGAGACACAUAAUUGAAGAGGAUGAGCCUAUUGACAAGUCAGGGAAGUACAUAUCCUGGGAAGAGGACGACAGCAUGGAAUUCCUUAGACAGACAUAUUCACAAGAUAAGAAUGUGAGUAAAAUCCUUCAAGUUGAAGAAGAGUUGCACAACCUCCGACAGGGAAAUCAGGACUUAUCACAAUACUUUGCAACAGUUAAAGCUACCUAUGAACGUCUGAAAUUCUUGCCUCCUCCAUGCAAAUCUUGUUAUAAGUCACACUUUGAACUUACUAUGGUUGCAAAGUUUCUUGCUGGUCUCUCUCCUGAGUAUGUUGCUGCUAAGGAUCAGAUGCUCAUUGGAAGUGAAAUUCCUGAUCUCUCUGAUGCAUACAACAGACUUAGUCGUCUGGCUAUUAGCUUGUCUCAACCAGCUGGUGUGACGCCAGCUUCUGCUCUUACUGUGGGGGGUGGUCGUAGUCGUGGUCAUGGCACCACCUAUAGUGUCAAAGGAAGAGGUAUAGGUCAUGGAACUGGGGGUCGUGGGAGGUUCCAAUGCACUUAUUGUGGAAAGAUUGGACACUUAGAGGAUCGUUGUUGGGAUAAACAUGGUCGUCUGUUCUCUUUGUCGCAGGGAAGAAAUAUAGUCACCAAACAGGGCAAGAGCCCUACUCACUCUUCUAUGGGCUCUGCACAGGCUGCCACUCCUAUAAUGGAGGACUCUUCGUCUAGUAUAGCACCAGAGUCCGUUAAAGUUAGCAUUGACAAAGUUGAGUAUGAGCAAUUUUUAGCACACAAAGCAUCACAGGCUUCAACUUCCACAGUGUUGACUGAUCGAGCCUUCUCAGCGGGUCCUUCCAUGUCUGACUCGGGUACUUCGUGGAUUAUUGAUUCAAGAGCAUCGAGACAUUUCUGCAGUAGAUCUGGGUCUUUCACUACUUUGCAUAGAUUUCCUCAGGCACGUCAUGUCAAAAUUGCAGAUGGUAUACUGUCACCCAUAUUGAGUUAUGGAGAUGACUUGCAAACUGGGAAGACAAUUGGUGGUGGUUAUGAGAAAGGGGGCGUCUACAUCCUGUCGGCUCCUAUGGGUCUUGCUGCUACCUCUUCUACAUCAGAGCCUACAUUCUUUCAGUGGCGUCUUCGGCUUGGUCAUUCUUCAGCACCCAAGCUUUGUUCUCUCCUACCUAAUCUUUCAGUUCCAGAGUCUUUUGAGUACAUUAGCUUUGCUGUCAGAAAAUUAAGCCAGUUUAUGGAAAAGCUUAGAAAAGUCCACUGGGACGCGGCGUUGAUGGUGUUGAAAUACCUAAAAUCAUCCCCAGGCAAAGGCCUCUUUUUUAAGAAAGGUGAAUCUCUAGAAGUUGCUACUUACAGUGAUGCUGACUAUGCAGGGUCUGUUGAUGAUAGAAGGUCUACAACUGGCUUCUGUGUCUUUGUUGGGGGUAAUCUCAUAUCAUGGAGAAACAAGAAACAAAAUGUAGUCUCUAUAUCAAGUGCAGAGUCUGAAUAUAGAGCAAUGCCUCAAACGGUGACUGAGAUGACGUGGGUUAAAUCCAUGCUAACGAAUAUGAGUAUUCAUGUUCCUCUACCUAUAAAAAUGUAUUGUGAUAAUUAA